AUGAAUAUUAAAUCAAUAAGAAAUUACAUCCUAGGUAAAACUAUUGGAGAAGGAACUUUCGGAUAAGUUAAAUUGGGUCAACAUACUAUUACAAAUGAAACUGUAGCCAUUAAAAUAUUAGAGAAAGAUAAAAUGAAAGAAAAUAUUGAUUACGAAAGAAUCUCAAGGGAGAUUAAUUGUCUAAAGAAACUACGUCACCCAAAUAUAAUAUAGAUCUAUGAAGUAAAGAUCAUAAAUAUUUGAAGAUAGUUGAAACAAUAAAUUCUUUAUAUUUGAUUAUGGAAUAUGCACCUGGUGGAGAAUUGUUUGAAGUUAUAAUUAAAAACUAAAGAUUGAAUGAAAAAGAGACAGCAGAGUAUAUGAUGUAAAUUCUCUCUGGAGUUCAAUAUAUGCAUGAUAAUUAUGUUAUGCAUAGGUAACCAUAAUUAAAUAUAUUAGAGACCUAAAACCUGAGAAUCUGUUAUUAGAUGAAAAUAACAAGAUCAAAAUAGUAGAUUUUGGUCUCUCAAAUCAAUUUAAAGAUGGCCAAUUACUCAAAACUGCAUGUGGUAGUCCUUGUUAUGCUGCUCCUGAAAUGAUUGCUGGAAAUGAGUAUGAUCCAAAAUCUGCAGACACUUGGAGUUGCGGAGUCAUUUUAUAUGCUAUGGUAAAUGGUUACCUUCCUUUUGAAGAUAACAAUACAAGUUAAUUGUAUAAAAAAAUCAUAUAUGGUGAAUAUGCUACUCCAAAAUACAUGAGUCCUUUAUGUAAGGAUCUUCUUGAAAAAAUAUUGUAAGUAGAUCCUCUCAAAAGAUAUAAUAUUUAAUAAAUAGUUAAACAUUAUUGGAUUUAAACAUGUAUUACUAAUCCAAUUUUAACUCCAGGAUAUGGAUAAAUCAAUAUUUGUGAAGAAGUUUUGCAAUAAUUAGCUAAUUAUAAUUUUAAAUUGUCUCAAGCAUAUGCCUAUUUAAAAGCCAAUAAACAUGAUCAAGUGACUACUACCUACUAUUUAUUGUUACAAAAAUAUUUAAAAGAAAAAUAAAAGGAUCAAGAUGAGACAUUACAAUAUAAAUUAAUUUAAAUCCCUCCUCCACAACAUCCAUAAGAAGCUAUCCUUAAAGAGACAUCUAAUAUACAAUCCUAAAGGAUUAGUUAGGUUGACAUUAAAGAAAAUAAAAUAUCACUUAAAAAUAAUCAAGAAUAGAAAUCUACCAAUUCUUUAAAAAAUUUCAAUGUUCAAAAUUCUUAAUAAGAUAGGAUAUCAUAAAUACCAGAUGUUAAAAAUUAGAAUUAGAUUGAAGAUAUUAAUGAAAAUUUCAAUGAAAUCUAAACUUUAAUCAAUCUAUCACAAAUUAACACUAUGAAUAAUAAUUAAUAUGAAGGCAAUCAUGAUUAACCAUAAGAUAAUGAUGCAAUUACUAAUUAUUAAUUAAAUGUAUCAAUUUAGAAUCCCUAUCCUGAAAGAAUAUCAAUGUAAACAUCAUUAAAUAAUACUCCAAACUAUUCUAAUUAUAAUUAAUAUGAUUAUAAUUCUAGAGUAAGAUAGGUUUCAUUAAGUAUUGAAAAAAAACCUGAAACCUUAUUUCCUACUGUUGAACAAAUCAAAUUAAAAGCCAUGCAAUUUAAAUAAAGAGCCCUUGAAAAUGCAGAUCAUUCCCCUGCACCUUAAAAACCAAGAACAUUGAAAACUCCUUAAAGAUCUGCUGUUUAUAGGGCUCAAAAUAUUAAUAAUUAACAUUCUUAUGAGAGACCCUAAAGUCCUUUGAUUGUUGUAAGGUAACAUGAAGGUCCUUAUCAUCUCAAUUAACUUGUUUUUGUAGAUCCAUAAAAAUUAACUUAAAAAAUUAUAUCUCAUCUAUAAUAAUAAAAUUUUGAUAUAAGAAGAAGCAAAUUUGAAUUGAAGAUAAGUAAAUGUGAUUUUGUAAUGACAUUAACAAUGGCUCUUUUAUGUGACUAUGUUUAUGUAAUAAAAUGUUAAAAAAUACAAGGAAAUUCAGAAGAAUAUGAAAAAAUUUAUAAAUAAAUAAUAAAGUUGAGAUGA